CCACAUUGCACCGCGGGAUCAGGGCCGGUAGAGGGCGCUGUGGCCACCAUUCCGCUUACGUUAUUCCGGUUUGUACAGAGUUGCUGGUCGUGGCCUAGUAACGGGAGAUUUCGGGUCUUGUACCAUUACCGAGUCUGUUAUCCCUCACACGGGGCGGCGAAGCCAGAUUCUGUCGGGAGCUUUUCAGGCGGACACCGUGAUGGUGCCGCAAGCAGCCAACAUGGAUGAAACCAUUGACAAGAUCGACAUGUCUCUUGAUGACAUUAUCAAGCUGAACAAGGAACAGCAAAAUAAAGCUGCUUUCAAUGGGGGAGCUCAGACCAAUUCCUUUCCAUGGUUUCAGAAUAGCUGGAAUUCCCGACGAGCAACAGGCAACGGAGUACAGGGAAAGAAAAAUGGCACGUUUGGGGUUAAAACAGGCUUAGCAUUUCGGAAAAUGGCUUCAUGGAAAGGCAUCAGUCCGCUAAACCGUCCUCCACUUAGCUUGAGGAAUUCAGAAGGUCAGUGGUCGCCCUUAAGGAGGAGAACAAAUCUUUCCAGGCGCCUAGGAUUUGCACCUCCUGUGAAGAGAAAUUAUUUCAAUAGUAGUUACUCACAAACUUCUACCUUCAGAAGAGGAUUGAGGACAAAUCAACAAAGAGACCAACGACCAACAACCUUUUUCCAGAAGCGAGGCCUAAAGGUUCAGACUGCUAUGGAAAUGGAUCAACUUGAAGAGUUGCCAGAACUAAACAGGACUUAUCCUUGGAGAACAUCUAUGAACAGCAGUGGUAUUUUGACGGUGUCAAUCGAUAAUCCUGCUGCAGCUGUGUUGCCAAGUACAAGGAUGCCUCGGCCCCCACUGCCUUUUUUGCUGAAAAAGGAUGGCUCAGAACCCAAGGUACCCAAAGGAGUCCCUCUAGACUUUGACAUCAACAGCGUUGUAAAACAGACUGGGAUCACAUUAAAUGAACGUUUCAAGAUCCUAAAAGAACAGAGACUGUCUCAGUCUAUGAGCAAAGGCAGCAGAUUUGUGACUGUAGGAUGAGGCCUAUUUCGUGCCUAGGAUUGUUGUGUUUACGUU